AUGGUGAUGGGGAUGCGAUGUGAUGGUGAUGGGGAUGGGAUGCGAUGUGAUGGUGAUGGGGAUGGGAUGCGAUGUGAUGGUGAUGGGGAUGCGAUGGCGUGGCGUCGCUGGCGCAGGCAGAGUCGAGUAGUGAGUGACGGGCGCUGCGCCUCCGCUCAGUUGCAGAACGGCGCGGGCGUGGGCGGCGCGGGCGGCGUGGCCGGAGGCGAGGAGUACUCGGUGGCGGGCUUCCUGGCGCGCCUGGGGCUGGCGCUGGACGGCGCCGCGCUGCGCCUCGACAAGGAGCGCGCCGACGAGCCCAAGGAGGAGGAUGACGGACGCAAGUCGGCGGAGAGCCAGGGCAAACCGGAGGAGGAUGAGCGGGUGGCGACGCCGGGCAGCGCCCACGCCAAGGGCUCGCUGGCGGGCCUCUACCACGGCACGUGGCCCCUGGAGCGCGCCCUCUGGCACAGCGGCCCGCCCACCUGCAACCAGGAGCUGGCGAGCGUGAUGAGCUUCUCGUCGGGCGCGGGCCCGCUGAGCGGCGAGGGGGACCUGCCUCCGCCGCCGUCGCUGUCGCCGUCGCCGGGGGACGCGGGCGCGCGGCGCGCCGCGGGCCAGCAGCAGCUGGGCGCCAAGGUGGAGAUGGUGUACGGGCUGCUGUCCAUGCUGGGCGCGCACGACCGCGAGGACAUGAGCCGCACGCUGCUCGCCAUGAGCGCCUCGCCCGACGCCUGCCUCGCCAUGCGCAAGUCCGGCUGCCUGCCGCUGCUGGUGCAGCUGCUGCACGGCGGGGAGCAGUCGCCGGAGACGCGGCGGCGCGCGGCGCAGGCCCUGCACAACGUGGUGCACGCGGCGGCGUCGGCGGCGGCUGCGGCGGCCGCGGGCGGGGCGGAGCGGCCGGCCGGCUCCGGGGCGGGGCCCGGCGCGGGCGGCGGGGCGCGGGCGCGGGGGCGCCGGCCCCCCGCCGGGCCGAGCAAACCGCACCGGACGACAAGCGCGCGCGGGCCGGCGAGCCCGCGUGCUCAGCUGCUGGCGGCAGGCCGGAGUACUGCGAACAAGUUGGGCGCCAGCCGCGCCUGCCUCGGCGCGCCGGCGCCGGCGCCAGCCCCGCCCCCGCGCGCGCGCCGCAGCGCCCCGGCUCGGCGGCCACCACCCUCCGACGACGCGGCGGCGGACGGCGACGAGGAGCAGCAGGAGGAGGAGGAGGCGGCCGAGGGGGAGGAGCGGGGCGCCAACGGCUGCGACGAGAGCGACGACCCGGGGCCGGGGGCGGAGGAGCAGCAGCAGCAGCACCCGGUGCCGACGGUGGCCGCGCUCAUGAAGCUCUCCUUCGACGAGGAGCACCGCCACGCCAUGUGCGAGCUGGGCGGCCUCCACGCCAUCGCGGAGCUGCUCCAGAUGGAUCAUGAAGCUCAUGGCAGCACAAGUUCUGAUCAAAAUUGUAUAAUUCUUCGUCGUUAUGCUGGAAUGGCUUUAACUAACCUAACGUUUGGGGACAGCAACAACAAGGCAUUGUUAUGUUCCUUUCAACAAUUCAUGCGAGCUUUGGUUGCCCAGUUAAGUUCACCUAAUGAAGACCUUAGACAGGUAACUGCUAGUGUUCUUCGCAACCUUUCAUGGAAAGCAGACAGUGCUAGCAAACAAACUUUACGUGAAGUAGGAGCAGUUCCUGCUCUAGUCCAUGCUGCAAUGGAGGCCAAAAAGGAAUCUACUCUCAAAUCUAUUUUGUCAGCUCUAUGGAAUUUGUCUGCUCAUUGCAGCAUUAAUAAGGUGGAUAUCUGUGCUGUAGAGGGUGCACUGGGCUUCUUUGUGGACAUGCUGAGUUAUCAAGCUCCUUCCAAAUCUUUAGCAAUCAUUGAAAAUGCUGGUGGUAUACUACGAAAUGUUUCUAGCCAUAUUGCUAUGAGGGAAGAUUACAGAGCUAUACUUAGAGAACACAAAUGCUUACAAGUGCUGCUUCAACAAUUGAAGUCCCCUAGCCUUACAAUUGUCAGUAAUGCCUGUGGAACUCUCUGGAAUCUUUCUGCUCAGUGUGCUGAAGAUCAGCGAACAUUGUGGGAGAUGGGUGCUGUUUCAAUGUUACGUAGUUUAAUCCGCUCAAAACAUAAAAUGAUCUCAAUGGGAUCAUCAGCUGCUCUCAAAAAUCUGCUCUCUGCUCGUCCUGACAACAGCUUUCCCCCACCUCCUGACCCUGUUACAGCCAGGAUGGGUUUGACCCCUCUACCUGGUUUGCACGCUCGUCGCCAGAGGGCUCUAGAGCAAGAAUUGGAUCAGUCAUUAGCAGAAACAUGUGACAAUAUCGAACCUAGCACUUCACCUAAUCAAUCUUUCACUGAGAGACAGUACCAUUCUGCUGAGAGACGACAUUCAAGACUUUUUCACAAGAGCACCUAUCAGAGAGGUCCUGUAGCUCGAUCUGAUAGCCGUGACUCUGUGACAAGUACCCAUUCCGAUUCAGUGUAUGAACGUGUAAGUAGAAAUGUAGUGAAUGUGUACACUUACGGACAAGCAUCCCCUUCCAGUGAAAUCCCACCAAUUCUUUCUACAUCCGAUACAUCUGGUAUUUCUGCUCUACACAGUAGUUUAACAGAAUCUGGGAGGUUACAUUCUCAUAUAGUAAAUGAAAAUUUGUCUUCCGAACGGAGAUUCCUGCGACGAUAUGUUAACUCCAUGAAAGAAAGAGAGGAAAGAAAGAAAGUUCUUCCGUUAAAUAUUAGCUGUGAAGACAAUGAGCGUCAAUCAAGUUCUGACCAUGAAACGUUCCAACGUAGUAGAUUAGGGCAGAUAGAGGAAGCUGUGUGCCCUGAAAGGAGAGAUGUUGUCCCAGAUGAUGCACCCAGGGAUACAUCUCCAGAUGCUUCGAGACCAGAAACAAAAGUUCCUGAAGAAACAGUGGAAGCUGAUGAAAUAAGAUUGAGCAGCAAUGUUCAGUUAGAUGUAAUGUCUCUCACACCUGCUAGUCCUGCUAAACAGAACAAAAAUUUGUUAUAUGAUAACCCAUGUCCAGUUAAUCAACGCUCUGCAUUUAGCCCCUUAGUUGGGUCUCCGUUUAGUGGAUCCAGCAGUCGAACCCAGUACCAACAGGGGCAAAACUCCUCAGCUUACACUAGGAACAAAUACUCAGACCUGGGUUUUGAAGAAACUGAAUCACAAGAACAGCCUGUUGAUUACAGUUUGAAGUAUGUUGAGCAUCCUGUGAAUACUCAUAAUGAUGUGGAAGGAGCAAAAGCACCUCUUCAAAGUGAAAGAACAUCUGGAAGUGAACCCGCUUUCUCAAAUGUCCCCAGGAGUAAACAAAAUCAGAAUGAUCUUGGCCAAGGCUACACUUACAAAAACCAAGUUCCAAACAGUGUUGGUGUUACAAAUAAGAACAUGAAAAUGAAUGUAGUAUAUGGUGAUUAUGCAGAAACAGACUUGGAUCAACCUACAGAUUACAGUCUUAAGUACCCUGAGGAAGAAGAAGAGGAAGAAGAUGGCUAUCAGAAAAAUGGUACAAUAGAAAGACCUGAAAGAACGUACUAUGAAUCUACCGAUCCUCUUCAUGAAGAUACUCUCAAGACAUACUGCACUGAAGGCACUCCUUAUGAGACCCCAUACAACUUCUCAACAGCAACAUCUAUGUCAGAUUUGCAUGUAGAACCUCCAACACCUCACGAAGAAGACAUUAAAGAGGAGGACGAGGUGGGAGGGGACAGUGUAGUAGAGGAAGAAGGUGCAGUCGGUAAAAGAAAAGAAGAAAUUGAACAGGUGGACACUGAGAAAGCUGCAAUAGAAGCCGAGGAGAAAAAAGGGAAAGAAGAGAACGAUAACUUCAGCAAUGGGUGCUUGGACAAGGAGCCUCAGAUGAAGUCCUUACCACCAACUGCCCCCAGGCCUCCAGUGAAAGGCUUGCAGUCUGGCCUCAGCUCAGGCUUGAUGUCUCCUGAGAAACCUGUGCAAUAUUGUGAAGAAGGCACACCUGGCUGUUUCUCUCGUGUGAGCUCCCUUAGCUCUCUGCACAGUGGAGUGGGAAUCAGCACGGAGAGCCAAGAUCACUCUGGCCCAUGCUCUCCCCCCUCGCAGCUGCCGGGACCCGGGCAGUCACCUGAGCAGCCACCAAACAAUAAGAACAUUGCUUCUGAAGGAGCAGAAGAAUUGAAAGAGGAACCACGCACGGAUAGAGAAGCUGGCAAAGUGGUGACGUUUGGUGGAGCUGAUCAUUAUGCAGAAGAAACACCUUUGAUGUUUUCUCGGUGUAGUUCUUUGGGGUCCCUUAGUAGUUUUGAACAACAUUCCAUUCACGAUGACCGCAGCUCUGUUGUCAGUGAUUUCAGUCGGAGGACAAGUGGCAUUGUGUCUCCUAGUGAACUUCCGGAUUCACCAACUCAAACUGUGCCACCAUCACCACGUCACCAAAGCAAACAAUCCGGUCCACCAGUUGAGUUCACCUCGCGACUCUCAGGAGAUAGUGGAGCUGUAAGGAGUACUCCAUUAGCUCCUAGGCAUCAAGCUGGCAGUAGCAGUGGAAUGAAGGCUAGUGUAUUUGAAGAUGAUGUGGCAACUUUUAAGGAAGAGAGCACCCCUGUAGAAUUUUCUCGUACGACGAGUCUCAGCUCUCUCACCAUUGAUGAUGAGCCCAAGAUUUGUAAUGAUGCUGUUUUAAAGGAAGGAGUGCUUAAACCACAAGCUAGGCCAGCUGCUGUUGUUGUGGCUCACAGAAGCGGUCCAGUGGCAGGAUGUAGCAGUUCUUCUACAGAAGACGGAAUGGAAAAACAGGACAUGGAGAAGGAGAAGAGGGAGUUGGCAGAUUGCUGUGAACUUGCACCAGUGAGUGAAGGGGAAGAGGAAAAUGAUGAAGACAUGCUUGCAGCAUGUAUUAGCAUUGGCAUGCAGAAUAGCAGGCAACGCCAAAGUCAACAAAGUAGUAGUGGCAUUAAAGUGCCACUUCGUGGACAAUCCAUUGCUCGACACUAUCCUCACUCAGGACCACUAAACCGUGGUGGCCGACCCAGUGGUAUCCCAAUAAAGACUCCUAGUAAUAACAUGCCCAGGUUACAUCGAAUAAACCGCCAGCCUGAACCUACUCGGACCAGCACAAAAUCCAUGACUUUCGUGGAGGUCCCUGGAGGUGGAGUAUGUGAAGACGCACUUCGUACCUACCAUACUGAAGGAACACCUGCCAACAUUUCACAUGCAGGGUCUCAUUCUGACCUCUCUGUGCUGUCGCUGCCAGGCGACGAUCACGAGACUGAGGUUUCGAAUGGGUCAUUAAUAAAAGCCCCACCUUCCCAGGAGAAAGCUGGCCGAGAGGAAGCAGGGGCAGCUCCAGGAGAGAAAGAGGAAGGAGAAGUGGAGCUAUGUGAUCAAGAAGAAAGGCCGGAGUUGUCAGAUGACAGUUCUAAUUUUUCUGGCGAUGGAGACAACAUUCUUGCAGAAUGUAUUCAGUCUGGGAUGCCAAAAGCCCGUCCACAGUCUACCAGGAGAAUCUUACCUCAACCUGGAUGCAUUGCUAAACCAGUGUUGACAGUGCAAGACAAGGUUGUAGCAGCAGUUUCUGCUACACAGUCGCAUCCUGUAAGGAGACCUGUCUCUGUACAACCUCCACGAAGUCAUCAUUUAUGUGGCUUGGAUCAUGGUCCUCCACGACAACCUAUGCCUGCUAGACGACCUGCAGUGGGACGACCUCGGGCAAGCCCUCCCCAACGACUGGUGCCAGAACAUGGAAAGGCUCCUGGAUCGCAAGUUGUGCUUCCUCAGUGCACAGGAGCCAGAGAUGAAUUGGAAACGUCACUUCUCAGUCGACCAGUGUCAGAAGGAACUUCUUGUGAUACACCUCUUAGAUUCGCAACUGAAGAUACUCCUCUUGAAGUGUCACAUGCAGCGUCUCUAAGUUCUUUAAGCAUAUGUGAAGACGAUGAAGACUUUCAAGGAGAGCAUGCCCGUCCAGCAUCUGGUGCAUCAAGUACUCACUCACCUGUCCCCCAUGUGCUGAAUACUUCUGAACAAACAUCAGAAGGUGAUACACUGGAAGCCCCUCCCUGCCCUCAUCUGAUGAUGGCUUCGGAUGGGAGCUGGGGGGACCGUAGUGACAGACAUGAAGAUUCUACUACUUCUUCCCGUCCUCUCAACAAAAACAGCUCAGCUUCAGAAGAAAUGGUCACUGUCCUGUCUCGUAAUGGUUCUCUAAGUUCAUUAAGUGUUGAUUCAUUUGGUUCUACUGAACCCACUCCAUCAGAACAAGCAUUAUUAGAACAGUGUAUAAGUUCAGGUAUGCCAAAAAGCAAAUCUGAAGUAAGUGGAUCCAAAGGAAGUAGAAUUGCAGUUCCAGUUUUGAAGAAAAAAGUGGGCAUGUCAUGCAAGCUUCCUCUUUCAUCUCUUGCUAGUUCAGAGUGCCACAAACUUGCUGAAGAAGACCACAUUCCUUCUCUACCUAUGCCAAAAUUAGAGCUGAGACCGAAUUCAAGGCAUAAUCGUGAGACAUCCAGUUUGGAAUCUGACAUGAUGAACUUGUCUCUACAAGAUGAAGCCUGCUGUAGUAGUAGUAGUGGGGGUGGUGGUGGUGAUGGUAAUCUUCCAAAAAACGGGUUGGAGUCGUCUGCUGCAGUUUCAGCCACGAAGGACACUGUAGUAGACGCAAACGGAAGCAACACCGCAAUCGUCAACACCAGCAUCAUCAGUACCACUGUCACCACCAGAGUUAUCACCAACGCAGUCGGCGAGAACGAUCUCCUCGGCAUUCACUUGACCACAGAAAUGAAGAGCGAGAGAAGUUCCCCUGCACAUGUCCCCACCAAUCCUCCUCACACCACUGAAUCUUACUCUCUCGGAAGCAAUUGUGAAGACCUUCUGGUUGUAAACACACUUACUCUUGAGGAUGGUAAGAAAGUUCUAGAGAUAGAUCUGAAAGAAGAUACUCGACCUGAUUAUAUCAGACAAACUAGUUCCUCAUUAUAUGAAUCUGCUACCAUGACUGUAAAGGAAGAAUUAUACAAACGGCAGCCAUCUAUUUUUGAUGAUUCACCUAAAGUGAAAAGAUUGGUUCCUAAAGGCGAAAUACUCAGCCCUGAAAGUAACACAAAUGACAGCAAGUCGCCUCUUUCUUCAGGUGAAAGCCCUUCUUCAGACUUCAUAAGUGAAGGAGAUAGUUCAAAGAAGAAACAAGUUGGUGAUGCAAUGAUUACAUCAUUGGAUAGAAUGACUGCGGAUUUGGUAAAUGGAUUAAAGGAAAAAGAUGGAGAAGCACCAGUAAUGAAACAGAGUUUAGUGGGCAGUGAUACUUGGAAUGAAGAUGCAUCUCCAAAUGAUGUCUCAUUUCCUAGUCUGAGUAUCAGUGCUCCUAUGGUAGCAUCUUUUAAAAGUGACAAAGAUGACAUGGCUGCCCUUCCUGAAUUGGUUGAAGAGGAUGUGUCUGGUCCAGGGCCUCAAGAAGCAUCAAUGACAGAUUCUCAUCUUAUAGAACUAGAGGCUGAAAGAGUUGCUGGAGCAGUGAAGGCAGAAGUUGAAGACAUGGACCAAAGUGUGAACAGUCUUAAUUCUAUGGAUUUGGAUAAUAUCAAACCUCCAUCCAUGAUGGGAAGUCUUUUGUCAUUGACUACGAGUCUUUCAGGUCAUCUAGAAAAUGAUUCGUUUGACAGUAAAGAUCGUUGUCACUCAGCAUCAACUACUCCCCAGCCUCGUCCUACUUGUGGUGUGCAAAACCGAUCAGAGGGGAAGCCAUCUAGAAAGAAGUCUCUCCCCAUUGGGAUGAUGGUGAGACGUGCAUUAGGUAAUAACCAUAAUAGCAGUAUGGAGAAUCUCUUGGACAACAACAAUGUAUGUUCAUCUAGUAGUUGCAACUCCCAUAUAGAUAAUAUUAAGCCUCCAUCUGCAAUGGAAGAAGUAAUGGAUCUCGUUGACAUGGAAAAUAGCAUGGUUAGUGUAGCCAGCAUUACAUCAGAAGUGGCAGAUUCCUCUGGAAAGGAUCAGUCAAAUUCCGAACCAUCUCCAGCCAAUAGUGAUGCAUUAUUUGAUCUCCUCAAACCGGCAGCCAAUGCUAUGGCUGAAGUGUAUGCAGCUCAUAUUGCUUCUCAAACUAUAUCAGUUAGUGUUAGAACGAGCAGUGCAAGUGAUAACCUUGAUAAUGUGAAUCCUCCUUCACUCUUAAAUGAAAUGGGAGAUUUCACUGAUCAGGAAUCUCUGAUAGAACCUGGAACUGAAACUAUUUGCAGUGACACAGAAUUAAUUACAGAAGACCCUGCACACACAUAUCCAAUAAAUUCUCCAGAGACCAGCCUUAAAAAUACUCCUGUAGAGUCAGAUCAGUAUGGAACAAGUUCGGCAGAAUCGACUCCUAAAAAAGGCAAAUCCAAACAGCUUACACCAAAGCAGAAGAGGCAGUUAGUGAAAGAUCGGUACAGAACAUACACUAUAGCAGCUGAACAAGAAAAGAAAGCAGCUAAACUUCAAAUGCAGCAAGAAAUGAACUCUCAUCAAGUCUUAGAAAACACUACUGAAAACGAUGAAACAGUGUCUGUCAACCAUGUUUCAGAGGUUGAUGCCCUCAAAGAUUCUCCAAAAUCAAAUAAAAUUACUCCUAAACAAAGAAGACAAGAGGAUCGAAGUAGAUUUCAAACUCAAGUACUUGACAAGCCUUUAACUCUUGAUAUUAAACCAGUGAUACCACCCGAACCAGAAAGUAGUUCUGAAAUUGCAGAGGAUAAUCUGAAGACACCAAAAGUAGACCAAGAUGAUGUCCUUUCACAAGCAUCAGCAGCAUCAGAAUUACCAGGAAUUAAAAAAUCCAAAAGUAUGAAAACUGUGAAGCAGAAGAGGACAGAAGCUAAGGACAGAUACAGAACUCGAACUUUAAGUGAAGAUAUUACUACUUUUGUUCAUAGAAAUACCAAUGGAGAAGACUGUGUAGCUUCUAGCAAUCUGGGAGUUGGGUUUGGUGUUCCUUCUGACAUUACUCCUGAGGAACUUGAGACUUUGUUAGAACAUGAUGCAAAUAUAGUGAUUAACAGUUUGAAUGAAAGAAUUCACAGCGAAUCUUCUGAUGGACAGAGUAGUGAUGAUAUGUUCAUCGAUUGUGAAACUCUGAGUUUAGUUUCAAUUGAAUCUGAAUCUGAACAGAAUUCCAACACCCCUCUCAGAGGACCAAAUCAUGUCGUAAAGAAAUGUUUUGGUGACUUUGAAACUCUGGCAGGAGCAGAUAAUGACAAAGUACAGAAUGUUGAAGAUGCCAGAGAGGAAACUCGUGCUUGUGAUUCAGAAUCAGAUUCUGAAAGUAGCAGUAGUUGUGAAGUUGAAGAAGCUAGGGGUAGUGGGCGCCCUCGUAUAGUGAAACCAGGUGUUAAUGAGAUUCGAAGUAGAGAUGGCAGUGUAGACUCGACUGCACCUGAGGAGGCUCCUAACAGUAGCCCUAAACCAAUAAGGGGUCGGCGGAAAGCUCUGUAUUCCUCUCCUGCUUCCCGUAAACCUCCUGUCCAACCAUCAGUAUUAAAAACUUCUCGCCCUCAAAGUAGCAUUCCCCAAGUUGGCAAAUCUGCAUCUUUUAGACCCACUAGGGCAUCGAAUCUUAGACAGGCAGGCAGAGGUGGAAUGACAUCUAGCCCUUCACCCCGAUCUCUGUCGCAAACUCCAUCAGGGGGUCCCAGUCCAGCAAGUACCAGCCCAAAAACGACGAAAGGUCCCACUGCUACCAAUAAGACUCAGCAGCCACGAUCGUCAGGAAUUAAAACUCCAUCCCCAGUUUCUAAAGCCACAGGAUCACGGAAUUCUAUUGGUAGUGCCAGCACCACUCGAUCACCGAAGGUUCCUAAUCAAAAGUUGACCAACACCAGCAGUAACUCUAAUAAUGGUGAAAAGGUAACGAAUCAGCCCAAUGAAACUGAUCCCAAAUUUCGUCCUCCUGAAAGACAAGGUACAUUCACUAAAGAUGAACCAACAGUAGCAAAUGUUGCUAAUGCAACAAUACCACCUCCAUUGCCAUCUAAAACACGCAUUCCUCUUCCAUCUGAAAAGACGACAGGCUUAAAAGUUGAUCCCAAGAAGAAACAAAUACCAAAGCUUAUUUCUCCCGCCAAACAAAAAUUCCAUAAAGAAAAUCAAUCUAUACCUUCUGCAAAGCCUUCUACAACUCGCAAAGUAAACGAAGAAAAAGUUGCAUCUCUUGCUCCUAAAGGUUUACAGAAAGCAAAUACUAUGCCAGAAAGGAGGACGGGCAUAACACGCCUCCCAACUGCAUCAAGACUUCCAAAUCGCCGAAGUAUUGCAGGAGGUGAAAUGAAAACUUCUUUAAGUAAUCAAAGUUUGCAAAGUAAUGACAGUACAAAAGGAAGUAUUGCCCAGUCCAUGAACCAGAGGUCAAGUAGCAAUUGCAGUCUCAGUUCUGUCACAUCAGUUGGAACUGUUGCUACAGUUACAACAAAAAAAACUCAAGCAAAAAAGGAGGUAACCAGUAAAAUAGCCAGUCUCUGGAAAAAAGUGGAAGAAAGCAAAAAACAACAGAAUUUAAAGAAAGAUACUCGUGUAUGGAUAACUGGAAAGCCUGCUACAGAUGAAGAUACAAACAACACUACGUUACCUUCAGAAACUCCGCAAACAGUAGAAAUUGAAGGAGUUGAAGCUUAAUUUCUUGCAGAAUAUAGAAAGCAAGAAUGUAAAGGAAUGUUGGUAUGUUCCUUUCAAAAUGGUGAUAUCUCUGACCAAAGACAGAACUUUAGUAAGUGGAGAAAAUUAAAAGCAAUGGGUUUUGUUUUUCUUGUCAUUCCAAUGAUGGGUCAAUUGGUGUUAAAAGUAUGUGAAUUUAGAGAGAAAUGUGUACUGUGCAAUUUUUGGAGAAGUUUACAUUUUUUUUAAAGGCAGAUUUCAGUACUAUUGAAUGUGUGAGACAUAAUGAUGGUACCGUGAGUGUUCUGUAUAUAAACUCUUUCAAAUAAAGUAGUUUUAUGUUCAUUCGGCCAACAUUAGUUGUUGCUUAAACCAUGCUAUGCAACAUUUCAUGUUCAGCAUGUAUAAAAAUUCUGUGUUCUGUGUUGGGUAUAUGCUUUACUGCUACUAGAAAACAACUGAAAUUUAAUUUCUAAGAAAAAAAAACAUGAAAGUUCAGCAAUGCAUAUGUCAUCAUAGAGGUAUUUUUAAGUCAAAUUUGUGUAAAUAAGGUAUGUAUCUAUAAAUGCAUGUACUGUAAUAUUCUAUAUGAAUCCAGUAUUUAGGCUGGUAAGGUAAUUAAUAUUUAAUUUAUUGAUAUACAUUACAUGCUGUAUGUGUAUGAAAAUAGCGAGUACAAGUACUUUAUAAUGCUUUUUAAACAUUUUUUUCUUAAUGACUUCAGAAAAAUUCUUGCUAUUGAUGUAACUCAUAAAAUGUGUGAAUGAAAGAAGUUUGUAAUGAACAAAAUGUAUAAUCCUGGUCUGUAAUUAUAUUUGUUGUUCUUAUAUCUUGCCCUUGGUUAUCAAACAGUUCUGUUCCCUCACUUUUCAUUUAUUUACAAGCCUAUAUACUGUAUGUUAUUAAUUUUAAAUUGUUUUAUAAUGUCAAUAUGGUGUGUAUGAUUGUGAGAGAUGUGUGAAUGUGUAAAUUUCUGAGACUGAUAUACAAUAUAAUACAAAUAUGGCUUAUGAAGAAGAGAGUUUUGAUUUUGUUUACCCUUCUAAAUUCCAUCCUUACUUCAUUGCUGGUAUAGAAAUUGAGAUUAAGAAGACAAAGCCAUGUACUCACUAGGUCUUCAGAAUAAAAUAUUGUCAAUAUUGAACAAGAGACAAGGUGAAGCCCUUAAAAUUUUUACAUUCUUUUGUGUAUAGAAUAAAGAAAGAAUUGUAAUGCUGCAAAAAAAUCAAUGUUGCAUUUUUUUAUAGAAAUGCCUAUUUUGGGGAUCCUGCUACAAAAGUGAUAUUUUCAAAAACAUCUUUCCGUCUGUGGACGACAUGAGUGCUUAAAUCAUUCACACGAUCUUCAAAAUAGAUGUUCCUGAUUUAUCUUGGUACAUGCAAAGCCCUGCAAAUUUGAAACAGGUCUUUUAAUUUUUAUUAAUUAUUUUCCCCUCUUGAAUAAAGUUAAG